AUGUUUAGUAUCCUUGUUCAGACUGGUGUUCACGGUGCUCAGUCAGGUGUAGCUGGGACUACAAUUAAGAAAAAUGAGGAGAAAGUUUGUAUUCUUAAAUCCGUCACUGGACGGUGUAAAGCAUCCUUAACACGAUAUUAUUACAAUUGGCAAACUGAACAAUGUGAACAAUUUAUAUACGGUGGAUGUGGGGGAAAUGUUGUCUCAGUGCAGGCAGGAAUACCAUUAUUUGAAGGUUUGCCAGAAAACCGCGGACCAUGUACAGCACGUAUGGAAAGAUACUAUUACAGUCAGAAAAAUAGACAAUGUAAAAAAUUUGUAUAUGGUGGUUGUGCAGGAAAUGCCAACAACUUUGAAACUCUGAAAGCCUGUCAGAAUAACUGUCCAUAA